AUGAUAACCUUGAUCACUGUAUCAAUCCUACUUCUAGGAUUCAGCAACUUUGCCACUCCUUAGAUAAAUACUGCUUAUGUUCCAGUUCUGUGCACAAGUAUUGCAAAUAGGAACGAUGCAUUCUGCGAGACUCAGAAUCCAGAUAUGGGUUCUUAAUGCUGUGCUCAAGUAAUUCAUCAGACAAGAACAAGUACCUCUGUUCCUUACACAAACACCACAAAUUAUUAGUGCUUACCGUUAGAGUUUGCAUAGUAAGUAGGUACUGUGAGUAUCUAAACAAAUUUAACUCAGAUCACCUACACAUGUGUGAAUACUGCUCGUCAGGCUACCUAGAUUUGCUCAGAUGCCUCCAGCAGUUCAUGUUCAAAUAGCUCGUUAUGCUGUGCAACCAGGACUGCUAGAGUAGCAAACUCCUAAAGCAAGUCAUUUUAGAAUGGCUGUGUGGCAAAACCUAGUGGUAUUGAUGUAUCGAAUCCUUUUUAUUGGACAGUAAUAACAUCAUCAACUUUCAUUCCAAAUAUCACAUAUACUAGACAGUGCAUCCCUGGGUCGGAUUCAAUGGCGAGCAGAAUACAGAUCUAUCUAAUGAGCUGUUUACUGUGGAUUAUCAUAUUAGUGUCAAUCAUUUGA